AUGUUCGCAAAAGAAAGUUUUGUUUACAAACCGUUGCUUCGGAUAAAACAGGCAAAAGUUCACGCGAAGAAACGAGUGAAAAAACGAAGAUCAAAAAUUCGUACAAAAUCGGCGGACGAAGCAAACGUUUCAGCAGAGAACGAGGCUAAUCAGACAACUGAUAUUCAAGCGAGACUAUUGGAGGAAGCGUUGCAGAGUGCAAAGAAACCGGCUUCACCUGUGAUCAGAAAUAGCACGGCGGCUGAAAUUGAAACGGAAACCAAUCAAACGGAACCGUUGAAGUCCAGUCCAUCGCCAGUUGUAUCUAAUCAUAAAACAGAUGUUAAGAAUUCUUCUAGUCCGAGCAAGCGGUCUAGUGGCGGACGAAAACAAUUGAUCCAAAUUAAGCUUCCUGCGUCUGCAAAGAAAAAACCGAACGUGCCAAUUAAACGGAGGUCAAGAUCACUAACUCAACGUGUAGUCAGUCUUCCACCAGAAGCACAAAAGCCACCGGUGGAAACUUCACGAAUUGAUCCAUCCCAAACCAUUGACAUUGAUCUGAUAAGUCCGAUUGAGCAUCCCAAAGGAUUGAGUAAUCCAGUGAAAAGUGGCGUCAACCUGAACAGCUUUUUAGAGACACCAUGCAAGGAAUCGUCAUCAUUCAAAUACCCAAUUACGCCGGGAAUUGUCAUUUCAUCGUCAAUAAAAACACCCGGUGUUCGACUGAACAAAGAGUAUGAUUCAUUGAUCAAAUUUCCUGAAUACCCUACUCCAUCGUUUGCUAUUACCCCUGGACGCACCAAAACACCAUUGAGCCAGACGAGCAGCCAAAAAGAUGGCAGUUCUUAUAACCGUGCAACGGAUUAUUCGUCGGGAAGCUCGUACUACAAGCCAGAUGAAUCAGACGACAUUGACAGAAAUAUCGACGCUUUGAUCAAAGAAUCGGUAAAGGAAUAUCGAAAUCAAAUUGUAGAAAGCGGUUUGGGUGUUCAUCCACAACAACACAUCGAUUCAUGCAACGAUCAAGAGGCAUCGGAUGGAGAAUUAAGUGACUCGUCAUCAUCUACCUCUUCGUCAUCGCAGUCAUCAUCCACUUCAACGUGCAGCUCAUCACCUUCUAUUUCAGACGAUAGCAGAGCCCAAGCACAAGCAUCUGAGGACGCCAAACGGUUGCUCAUAGCUCAAAGAACUCAGCAGCAGCUACAAUUAGAACAGGUUCGUCUGCGCACAAUGGCUACAUUGAAAUCCGACAAUAAAAUCGAAAGAUUCCGUAAACCUAAGACAAAGAUUUCCACUCUGCAACGGCAAAAAGUUAUGGAUGGAACUGGCAUGAUAAAGAAGCCGGUACAAACUUUGAAAAUGACUGGGAAUUCAACGCCAAAAGUUCUUCCGAAAGUUUUGCCAAAACAUGUGAACAGACCGAAUCCAAAAACGAUAACCACCACCACACCAUCGAAACGAAAAAUCGCUACACCGAGACGAGUCAUCUACUUGGAUUAUAAAGAUACGUUAAAGGCAGGCGUACGAGUAGUGUCAAACGACAGAAAAUCUGAACAAUUACAGUCCCAAUCAAACGACAACGCAACAGUAGAUACUUUGAAGCUGGUUCAAAACACUAAUCCGACAAGACCAGUUACCCCAAUGGAAACCAUUGACGCCAUCGAAAAUCAUAUAGCAACGACGUGUCAGCAGAAUUCGUUUGUAGAAAGUCCAACAAAGCCGACCAACGAGAAUCAAGUUGAUACACCGAACCUCCUGCAGCAACUGCAGGAUAAAAGCGAAGUAACUGAUAAUGCGUCAACUCCCGAAGGGGUGGGAAGUUCAUCGAAACGAGAAAUUUUGGUACGAGAACUGUUCGGCGACGGAACAAUGUCAGACAGUGAUUUUAUGGAUACGCCAGUGAAGACAGCAAACACCAGUCGAGGUCAAUCGAAUGCAAUUUUAAUUUCAAACGACGUUGCAAUGAAAAAGAAUCCGUCGUCUGCUAAGAAAACUGUUCCAAAUGUGUCAAAAAUCAACGAAAAGUCUACAAUUAGCACGAGCUCAAUUACAGCCAGAACACAUUCGAAGGAUACUAUUCCCAACAAAUCCAAGGCUGACGACGCAAAAGCGGUCGACUCCAUGGCUGCCGAGCCAACGCAUGCUGACUUAAAGGCUGCUGACUCCAAAGUAAUGGAACCGAAAAUAACUGACUCUAAAAUUACUGACUCCAAAGUUACGGAACCUCACGUUGCUGACUCCAACGUUAGUAGCUCCAAUUCCAAAGAAAGCAAAUCUGUCGAGGCAAUGGCUAAGGAAAACAAAGAAUCCAAAGUUCUGGAUUCACCUAAAUCACUCGCAAUCGAACAAGUAUCUGCCAAUAACAUACUUUUAGUUGCCGACAAUGCAACUUCUACGGAAUGUACAAAGGAUCAUGCGCAAGCAAUAACCAGUGAUUCACCCGAUUCACCCAGUGAAUCUGAAGACGGUGACGAUUAUGAUGACUGCACUUUAAUUUCAUCGUCGCUAAUAAUGAAUGGAUCCAACAGAAUCUAUCACAAUGUCAUAUCCGACUCAAAAGAAUGUGCAAUCAAGUCAAACACAGAAAGUCUGGAUCUUCGACCGAUGACCACCUUUUUGGGUGAUGCGAAAAUAGUGAUUAGAACAUGCGAGGAAGUCGUCCUAUUCAACUCUUCUCCAACGGCGGUUUCACCACAAGCAUCCGCAACGAAAACUGUGCCGAAGAAACGAAUAAAUAUCAAAGCGGUUGAAGGUGCUCGCAAGGCUGAUGAACGAUGUAAGAAAGUGCAAAAACCAAAUUCUGACGGGACGGACAACAAUACGACGUUGGAAAAGAAUGCUCGUUUCAAUAUAAUUGCAAAACACAAAGGACCUAUUGAUGCACACCCAUCAUCUAGUCGUGAUCAACGAAAAUCCGUGCAGCCAUCGGAUGAGCCACAACAAAGUGCUGGAACGUCUAAUGAAAUUAAGAAGUCCAGCCAACCACAUACCAAAAUUCCACCUCUGCUGAAGGACAUGGACAUCAACAAAGUGUUGGGAAAAAUUCAUCCAUCCAAGGAAAUUGUGUAGUCGUGUUUAGUGUCCGGCCCGACAGUAUAAGUUCAUUUAAAUGUUUGAUGAAGGCAGCGUUAGAUCCUUGUUAAUAUCCGCUACCGAUUAUUUAUGUUUUAGUUUUAAGUUUUACUUGAUACAGAAGUAAAAAUGAAUGACAA